GGGAGGCCGCAGGGAAGUCCCGCCUCCGCCGCGGACGCUGCCACGCACUUGGCCGGUCCCGGAGGGGCGGGCAGGUGAGGCCUCGCCGUGCCGAGACCCGGUUUUGGACCGUGCGAGGUGCCGGGGCGAGGGGCACGAGAUCUGAUUCCGGAGCUGCCAUGAUUGAAGUGGUGGCAGAGUUGAGCCGAGGUCCCGUGUUUCUGGCAGGGGAGGCGCUGGAGUGUGUAGUGACGGUCACCAACCCUCUGCCCCCCACCGCCACUUCUGCAUCCAGUGAGGCUCUAGCCUGGGCCAGUGCCCAAAUCCACUGUCAGUUCCAUGCCAGUGAGAGUCGAGUAGUAUUACCCCCUGACUCCAGUCAGCCAGAUGUCCAGCCUGAGAGCCAGACUGUCUUUCUACCACACCGAGGUGAGAGAGGUCAGUGUAUCCUUUCCACUCCACCAAAAAUCCUUUUCUGUGAUCUGAGGCUAGAUCCUGGAGAGUCCAAAUCAUACUCCUACAGUGAAGUGCUGCCCAUAGAGGGACCACCCUCCUUUCGGGGUCAGUCAGUCAAGUAUGUCUACAAACUGACCAUUGGCUGCCAGCGUGUCAACUCACCCAUCACUUUACUCAGGGUUCCUCUGAGGGUCCUUGUGCUGACCGGCCUUCAAGAUGUCCGGUUUCCCCAGGAUGAGGCUGUAGCCCCAUCUAGUCCAUUCUUGGAAGAGGAUGAAGGUGGAAAGAAGGAUUCAUGGCUAGCUGAGCUGGCUGGGGAGCGCCUCAUGGCUGCCACAUCCUGCCGCAGCCUCCAUCUAUACAAUAUCAGUGAUGGCCGAGGAAAAGUUGGGACAUUUGGCAUCUUCAAAUCUGUAUACAGACUCGGCGAGGAUGUGGUGGGGACCUUAAACCUAGGGGAAGGAACUGUAGCUUGUUUGCAGUUUUCAGUAAGCUUACAGACCGAGGAGCGUGUACAGCCUGAGUAUCAGAGGCGCCGCAGGACGGGGGGUGUCCCCUCUGUGUCUCAUGUGACUCAUGCCCGGCACCAGGAGUCCUGCCUGCAUACAACCAGAACCAGCUUCUCCCUUCCCAUUCCUCUCAGCUCCACCCCGGGCUUCUGCACAGCCAUUGUGUCCCUGAAGUGGCGACUGCAUUUUGAAUUUGUAACAUCUCGAGAACCCGAUUUGGUGCUCCUCCCUCCUUUGGAGCAGCCCGAGCCUGUGACCUGGACAGGGCCUGAGCAAGUGCCCGUAGACACCUUCAGCUGGGACCUCCCCAUCAAGGUGCUGCCCACAAGUCCUACCCUGGCCUCAUAUGCAGCCCCAGGUCCCAGCACCAGCACCAUAACCAUCUGAAACUUGCACCAUGAUAUUGCCUUUCUUCAGGAUCCUGAGAACCCAGCACCUGGACUCUAGUAGGGCCCGUUUUUCCCACGCGAGGUCCAAUGACAUGGACAGUGAGAGGCAGGCUUUCAGCUGUGGCAUUAAUUUAUUUAUUCAGAAUAAAUUGGCAGCUGCUA